CCAUGGCGUGGCCGUGCAUCAGCCGGGUGUGCUGCCUGGCCCGCUUCUGGGACCAGGUGGACAAGUCGGACCUGGCGGUGCCGCUCACCAUCCACAGCUACUCGGACAUCGACCAGCGGGACGGGGACAGGGACGGCGGGGCCGGGGGGACUUCGGCGGCUGGGACCCGCGCGCCCGGGGACCCCUGCCCGGCCCGCACCCGCACCGGGACCCCCCGCACCGGGACCCCCCCGCACCGGGACCCCCCGCACCGGGACCCCCCGCACCGGAGCGCCCCGGGCGGCGCCGGCCGGGACUGCGGGAGGGAGGGGCCGCCCGGUCCCGCCCCCGCGCCCGCCCCCGCGCCCGGUCCCGCGCCUGCGCCUUGGCCGCCCUCCUCGCCUUGCUCCUCGUCCACCCCGUCCCGGCGGCGGCGGCGGCGCGGGGUGUACGGACUGCCCGCCGGGACCGCCCCCCCCACGACGUCCUACAGGCAGGAGUACCGGCCUUGGACUGGAGUGAAGCCUUCGAAACCCAUAAAGACCAAACAGACCUCUGUCCUUGGGAUAGAUAACACUGUGCGGGAGACCAGCUACAGAACAGAUUUUAAGGUGCCAGAAGGAAAGACCAAGUUUUCCCCAAAUCCUUCCGCUGUCUUUCAGGCUCCAGCUCGAAUUCUCAAUGUGUGAACACCAAGCCUGGGCCCAGAGGGGCUCCUGAAUGAAGUUUUUGGAGGGACUGAGAAGCAUCUGCACAAAUUGACUGCUAUGCAACUUCAUGAGAGGUGUUCAGUUAACGAGCUGCACAUGCAGCUGCGUUUGUUAAUGAUACGGUCUCUGGUUGAUACCCAGUGGUGGUUACGGCAUUCGUUAAGCACUUACUAAGUGUCGAGCACUGUUCUAAGCACUGGGAUAGAUAUGAGUUAAUCAGGUUGGACACAGUCCCUAGCUCACCUGGGGCUCACAGUCUAAGGAGGAGGGAAAACAGGCUAAUUGAAUCGCUAUUUACCUGAGGCACAGAGAGGUUAAGUGACUUGCACAAGGUCACACAGCAGACGAUUGGGAGAUCUGGGAUUAGAACCCAGGUCCUCUGACUACCAGGUUCAUGCUCGUUCCGAAAGGCCAAGCUGCUUCUCUGGCAAAAAACAACACCCACACUCAUACCCGCAAGCACUGGGGAAAAUGACCCCGUUUUCAUCCAAACAGGCUUGUUACCAUCUGCCAUCUGGCAUAAUGUUUAAGGCUAACAAUGACUGAGCAGGGCAACUUGUGGGCAGAGGCCCCAGGACACCUGCAGGAAACGCAAGCUGCAAAUGGAAAUGGUCACUUUCAAAAUUUGAAACCAAAAAGCCACCUCGGAAGUAGGCCUUAAGGAAGUCUUAUCUUUUUGGCUCUAGGUCAUUGAAUGUUUUACUCCCACUGUUGAAAUCAUGGCAAGUGCAACACUAGAUUUUCUAAACAUACUAGAUCCCGAGGGGUUGCUGAUUUUUUUUUAAUUUGGGAAAUACGCAAAAUUUGCUUUUUAAUCGAUGCUAUUUUGAAUCAAGUUGGUGUUGCCAACAUGGCAUUGCUAUACCAGGACUCUUCAAAGAAGCAGUACUGUGAACUUUUUUAAUUUCCUGUUUUCCUAAGAUGCCAAUACAAGGUUUUUAAACAACGGAGAUAACCGCUGAUCUUUUGAAGAGGGCACACCUUGGCUCUUCUUAUGAACAACUUUGCGUAUACAACUUGUAAAAACAAAUUAUAUUGUCUUGAGAAUUCUGCAUUAUUGCCUGUUGUCUUGGUUAUGCUAAUAUUGUCAAAUAGAACAUCUGUUUUACAAAAAAAGAGUGGAAUGUAAUUCCGGAAAUUUCAUUUUUAAAGCCAACCAUUUAAAUAUCAUUACAGGGAAGUGAAUUAUAUUUUAGACCACUAGGUUUUUUUAGGCUUCUAUUGUGAAUUUAAUUGUUUUAGUAAAGCAUUUCUUGGUUUUAUCAUUUUGCGUGUGUUAGGGGCAGGAUGGAGUAUUUUAUAGAGGUUUGUGUAAAACAGUUAAUAUGGAGUCGACUUAAAUUAUUUUCAUUUUCAAAGUGUCUGAUAAUGGGAAGAGCAUGCCUAUGAAGUGAUGAUUGGGGAUCUCAUCCACUCAGAAGGAGGGAACAGACAGCUCCUUGGGACGCAAACUGACAUUUGUGGAAGAAAAAUGACUUGGUUAAGAGAGGCAUUUGGGACUUUCCCCUGAAUCUUUCUUCAAAGCAAUCAAUGGCUGGAUUAAUUCAGUCUGUCAUCCAAGUUAGUUAGCCCAUUACCCCUGUUAGCCACAAAAUAUCAUUCCCAAAUGGGGGCUGAGAUCAUUCAUUCAUUAGGUGGUACUGAGCACUUAAGUGUGUGCAAAGCACUGUACUAAGAUCACUUCUAGGAAAUGCAAAUGAAUUUACCUCUCAUCCAUCUGGGGUUCCAGGCUUCCUGUAGGUUACAAAGGAAACCCUUCCCCUUCAUCAUCUCUAAAUAUUCGUUUUUGGUUUUUGUCUUUUCCUAGGAUUCAUUUUUAAGCUCCCCUUUCAAGGCAAGCAUUUUGGGGAAAUAUCAUUUACAGGGCGAAGAUGAUCUAGGUAUUCUGUAUGGCACCGUUUUUGCAUGUUUAGAUAUUUCUACAUGAAAACAAAAAGAAUCUCUGCCUGGUAGUUUAUACCGUUUUUAAUUAUUUAUUGGUUCAUUUUUAACUCAGAUUUUAUUAAAUGACCAAAAGGUACUGCAUAUUCAAUUUCAAUUGUUAAUUUAUUAUAUUUCUAAGUGAGAUGUCAACCCAAAGGCAACACACAUAAGCUUGUACUUUGUCAUGUGUACUAAAAGGUAAUUUAACAAAUUAAACGUAUUUUGGCUACUGAUUAUUUUCAUUUA